UUGCAAUCAAUCGUACGGUACUUUUAGGGGCAGCGGAGGGAAAAAGGGCGGAAGAUCCUUCACAUGUCACGCCACUGGCAUUCACGGGACUGAACUUUUUUAACCUCUCUUUCUCCCCCUUACCUUUAUCGGCCCGGAACUUCUCUCUAUCUCUCUCCACGCACAAUUCCUCUGAUUCUCUCUUUCCCUCUGACAAUUGUCCCUUCUUCACCUCCGGAGAAGGAAUAUGCCCUGCGGUCCCCGUCGAUUCUGCCGAAUUUGCUGAACUCCCUCGACCUCUCCCCGCGUAAUGGCCACCGCCGCUAUCCCCAACGGUCAUACCAAUGCGACCAUGUUCGCCGAUGCGGCCGAAGAACGCAGACGUGUCCACCACGAUGCUGAUGUGGUGAUCGUGGGCGCAGGAGUGCUAGGAUGUGCUCUCGCAGUCACAUUGGGAAAACAGGGACGGAGUGUCUUACUGCUGGAAGCCUCAAUGAAGGAGCCGGAUCGCAUUGUCGGCGAGCUGUUGCAGCCGGGCGGCGUUCGGGCCCUUGAGCGGUUAGGCCUGGCACAGUGUCUGGAGGGUAUAGAUGCAAUUCCAUCUCAAGGCUUCUAUGUGUCUUAUUUCGAGAAGUCCGUGACUAUGCCUUACCCCAAAGACACACCGACUUCGCCCCCUCCGCUUGGCCGUUCCUUUCACCACGGACGGUUUAUCAUGAAGCUACGAGAAGCAGCUCUGGCCUGCCCCAAUGUUACCGUUGUGGAGACCAAGGCGACGGAAUUGAUUACUUGCUCACAUACCAAGCAGGUUCUUGGUGUAGAGUGCAUGACCAAGGACAAAAAGGAUUGUUAUUUUGGACACCUCACCGUUGUCGCCGACGGUUACGCUUCUAAGUUCCGGAAACAAUAUCACACUAAUACCCCGAAAGUCAAAUCCCGAUUCUGGGCUCUAGAACUGAUUGAUGCGAAACUCCCUGCACCUCAUCACGGACAUGUCCUCUUAAGCGCGAAUCCUCCUAUCCUCCUAUACCAGAUUGGCACCCAUGAGACUCGUAUCUUGGUCGAUAUCCCCGAAAACCUUCCAUCUGCGUCUGUCAAGAAUGGUGGUGUGAAGAACCACCUGUGGAACGUGACUCUCCCAUCUCUUCCCGAAUCUGUCCAGCCUGCCUUCCGCGCUGCACUGGAAAAGGGCCAUCUGAGAUCUAUGCCGAACUCUUUCCUCCCCGCCGCACGUAACAAAACCCCCGGAUUGGUCAUACUGGGCGAUGCGCUGAACAUGCGCCACCCGUUGACCGGGGGUGGCAUGACUGUUGCCUUCAACGAUGUGCUCGUGUUCCGCGACGUGAUGAGUCCCGAAAAGGUCCCCAGUCUUACAGACACCGACAGGGUGUUAAAGCAAUUGGGUUCUUUCCACUGGCAACGAAAGCACGGGUCUUCUGUCAUCAACAUCCUUGCCAUGGCUCUGUACGCCCUUUUCUCCGCAAACGACGAAAACCUCCGAGUCCUUCAACGAGGUUGCUUCCGCUACUUCGAGAUCGGCAUGUAUUCCGAGCCAAUGGGGCUUUUGGGCGGCCUCAUCAAAAAGCCCUUCGUAUUAUUCUCCCAUUUCUUCACCGUCGCAUUCCUCUCCCUCUGGGUGCUCCUCACCGAGUCCCCUCUAUAUCAGCUUCCUCUCACGCUCAUCAAAUGCGUAAUGGUAUUCUGGACAGCCUGUGUUGUUAUAUUCCCCUACAUGCUCAUUGAAGCUUUUUGUUGAUAUUUCUAUCUCCUUGAUGUUUUGUUUUCGGAGCGGAAACGAUCUCUUCUCGUCCAGAUUAUCAUGGCUUGGUGUAUGAUACGAGUUUUAUUAUGCUUACCUUCUCAUGCUGUAAUAAUAUUUUUACCUCCCUUGGCCAGACUGUUAUGACUACCUGCUUCUUAUUCCACCUUUCUUGUUAAUAUCACAGCUACGAUAGAUCUGGCCCUACCCAAGAAUGUAUAUAUAUCAUACAGAUACACAGAUACUAGAUAAUGUCAUCGAUAAAAUUGAAUACUAA